AUGACUUCUACUGCAAUCACCACUCUCUUCAUCUUCUCCGAAUUCCGAUCCAAAUUCCCCAAUUCGCUUCUUCUUCCACGGAUUCAUACCCGCAACAAACCCCUAUCACUUUUUCUUCAACCAUCCAAAUCCCGCGCAACCCAUUUCUCACUCUGCUCUUGUUCCCGCACCCCAAUCAAACCCUCUUCAAGUUUCUCACCUCAAAUUAGUUUAACCAAAUUUAUUUCACAAAAGAUAGCAUGUUUUCUUAUUGGGUCGUUUAUCUUCAUCGGUUACUUCAGCAAAAGACCCGCUUUUGCAGUUGCGGUACCUUCUCUCAGUUCUGCUGAAACGUUGGAGGAGAAGAUUUUGGAGAAGGAUCCUAGAAAUGUUGAGGCUCUCAAGGUGACCGUGUAUGGGAAAAUUAGGAGAGGGAAGUGUAAUGAAGCUGAGAAGUUUGUGAAGAGGUUGAUUGAUAAGGAACCAAAUGAAGUUGAGUGGAGGCUUUUGCUUGCACUGUGUUAUGAGACAAUGGGGUACUUGAGUAAGGCUACGGGAUUGUAUUUGGAAAUCUUGGAGAAUAGGCCUCUUCUUGUUAGAGCUCUGCAUGGUCUGGCUAUGGUGAUGCACAAAAACAACGAAGGUCCCGCCGUAUUUGAAACGCUGAACAAGGCUCUAGAGUUAGCUAUUAGUGAAAACAAAGUUACCGAGGAGAGAAAUAUAAGAAUCUUAACUGCACAAAUGCUUGUUGUACAGGGUGAAUUGGAGGAGGGCUUAAAAAGAUGUCAAGAUUUGAUCGAUCAAAAUCCUCGCGAUUUUAGACCUUAUCUUUGCCAGGGAAUAAUAUACAGUCUUCUGGAUAAGAAGGAGGAAGCUGCAAAACAGUUUGAAACAUAUCAAGCUCUUGUGCCUCAAGAGUUUCCUCAGAAGGGAUUUCUUGAUGAUAUCACGUUAGCAGCAAAAGGAACAUCUCAAGUACAGUUUCAGAAGGAAUUCAGAAAUCAGUUUUCUAACCAAAAAUAG